GAUGCAGGCAGGCGACAGCAGCUCUCGCCCGUUCAAGCAGAGGAAAAGCCUCGCCACCAGGAUGCACGAAGUGACAGAGAUCCGGAUAAAAUAUCCCAACAAGAUCCCGGUGGUUGUGGAGCGCUACCAGAAGGAGAAGACCUUGCCCCCCUUGAACAGGACCAAGUUUCUGGUGUCCCAGGACCUGCCCCUGUCCCAGUUUGCUGUCACCCUGCGGACGCGGCUCUGCCUGGCCUCCUCCCAGACCUUCUACCUGCUGGUGAACAACAAAGGGCUGCCGAACAUGGCCGUCACCAUGCAGGAGCUGUACCGGGACAACAAGGACGAGGAUGGCUUUCUCUACCUGACCUACGCCUCCCAGGAGAUGUUCGGCAGCUCUUCUUCCAGCGAGCCAGCAGCUGCUUGGCCACAAAACGACCUGCCACCACCGGGUCCUCGCGGCCGCUCGUCUCGGGACUCCGAUGCUGGUGAGACCGGGGACGUAUCUCUCCAAACUUGGCUUAAAAUCUGUGGGGAGCCCCAAAUUGUGGCUGGCCCAAACCUCACCACCUCUCUGGCUGCAGUUUGACAGGCUCAGCUUUGUAACGGUCUUAAAAACUCCGCUCAACGCCUCCUUAAUCUUGUGGCUUUAGACACAAAUGAUUGUCCCAACACAGCAGAAGAUGGUGCUGGUUUACUCGGAUCCACGGGAAGGUUAUUCUUCUAACAGGCUCUUCUAAAGGGCUUUACAGCCUGUCAUCCCUGCUCAGAAAACUUAGGCUUCUCCUAAAUAGGAUCGGGUACGGGGAAUUGCAUGGUUUGGGCAGGUUUUCGUUAAGCUGCGUGUCCGUUCUAGCCGCUGCUAGGGCGUCCGUGCUCUUGAGACACGGAAUAAAGAAAACUUGGCUGGUGCCUCUGGCCAUCUAAACGCAGGUCGUCCCUCGGAUGUGAAGCCAGCCUUAAACUCGGGGCUUUGUCCCUGGCUUUGCUGGGCUGCCAG